AUGGCUGCACAGGUCGACCUACCUCGCGUUAUUAAAGUGGAAGAGAAGCCAAGAGACGGAAUAACCAUAGAUGCAAUAAGCAGAGAAAAAAAGAAGAAGAAAAAACGAGAGCAUUCACUGACGGAGAGGCACUCGAGAGUGGAGAAGGAGGCGAAGAAGAUCAAGCUACAUAAUCACCAACAGCAGCACCAACACAAGCAGCACCAUGCUCAGCAACAACCGCUACAUCAACAACAACCACAACAACAGCAGCAGAAGAGUUCUCCUCUGAAGAACUUAAGCAGUAAAGAACAAGCACCAGUCCAACACCGCCGUCACCACCAUCAUAACCACCACAACCAGAACCCAUUAAAGAAGGAACCAGGCGCCCAGGUUUGGACUCCCAGGAAAGCAGCUCCAGCCCCGCUGCCUCCUGCUCCUCUCUUUACAUUCACUCCUAUCAGAGUAGCCAAGCCUGAGAAUCAUCACAACAAACAGAAACACCCGGACAAGGAUCCAAAACUCAAACCCAAAAAGGAAAACACUGAAGUGAACGUAAAGAUCACCGACUGCAAGAAAAAGAAAGAGCACCAUAAUGAGAACGGGAAGCCUCAGACAUUGGAGGAGUACCUGCUGAAAAAGAAGAAGAAAAAGAAACGGCACAGAGAAGAGGAGCGCCACAAGCAAUUGCGAACAAGUGACAAAGAGGUUCAGACGGUGUGCUCAGGACCAACAGAAGACCCUUUAUUCUCCAACACAAAACAUCUCACCUGCAUCAAGGAUGAAGAACUCAGCCACCCACGUCUGAGUGAGGGCUCAGAUUCACCUUUCACCUCUCAUCAGGACCACUCCAUCCGUAGCUCAUGCUUGCAGACGGACUCUGUUUUCAGCAGGUUCAUACACGAGGAGGUGCAGCCCAAUGGUGGGGCGUCCGUCCUGCACGCAUACGCCGAUGAAAUCUCUGAUUUAACACCUGAGGAAACGGAGAGGUUUACUCGUGAAUUUCUUGAGCUGGCUUUUAGUGAAAUUUCUGUCGGAGCUGCACGCUAUGCGCUGACUGUUGUCCACGGUGCUGCUGCCUACCUCCCUGACUUUCUUGACUACUUUGCCUUUAACUUUCCCAACACUCCAGUCAAGGUGGAGAUUCUUGGAAAAAAGGACAUUGAGACCACCACUAUCGCCAACUUUCACUCUCAGGUGAGUCGAACAUACUGCUCUGGGACAUACCGAGCCGGCCCCAUGCGACAAAUCAGCCUUGUUGGGGCGGUGGAUGAGGAGGUCGGGGACUUUUUCCCAGAGUUCCUUGACAUGCUGGAGGAAUCACCUUUCCUAAAGAUGACUUUGCCAUGGGGAAGCCUCUCUAGCCUGAAGUUGGAUUGUCGCUCUCAGAGUGACGACGGGCCCAUCAUGUGGGUGCGACCGGGAGAGCAAAUGGUCCCUACAGCUGAUAUGCCAAAGUCUCCAUUUAAAAGGCGCAGGUCCAUGAAUGAAAUCAAGAACCUGCACUACCUGCCGAGGGCAAGCGAGCCACGUGAGAUCCUGUUCGAGGAUCGUACGAGAGCGCACGCCGAUCACGUGGGCCAGAGCUUCGACUGGCAGAGUACGGCUGCUGUUGGAGUCCUUAAGGCUGUGCAGUUUGGAGAGUGGAGUGACAAACGGAGGAUAACCAAAGACGUGGUGUGUUUUCAUGCUGAGGAUUUUAACGAAGUUGUGCAGAGGCUUCAGCUUGAUGUGUACGAGCCACCUGUGUCACAGUGUGUGCAGUGGGUGGACGACGCCAAGCUGAACCAACUGCGACGGGAGGGCAUCCGGUAUGUCCGCGUACAGCUCUGCGAUGACGACAUCUACUUCAUCCCGCGCAACGUCGUCCACCAGUUUCAGACGGUUUCGGCUGUGUGUAGCUUGGCGUGGCAUAUCCGUCUCAAACAGUACAACCCCAAACAAGAACAGGAGGAGAAAGACGAAGCAAAGCCCAACGUACUCAAGCCUGAUGAGGCUGAUACGCACAAGUCGGAAACUUCAGACUCACUUCAGACUGGCAACUGCCCUUCGGUUACCCACGGUGCUUCGAGCCCAGGAAUCGAGCCCUCAGUGAACACCGCUCCUCAGGUUUCCACUAUUUUUCAGGCUUCCUGUAAACCCACUGCAGGUGACUUUCUCAGCGACAGGAUUCACUGUGGACCCACUGAUUCCUCACAAUGACUUACUGAAUGAAAAUACAUUUAUAAUUGACUGGCAUUCCAGAUGUUGUCUGUUAAAAACAUCAUGUUUGGACUUUUU